AAGUAAGGGGGUAAUUCUAAGAAACUCGACAUUUCCGCUUUUACCCAGCAGUUAGCUACCGCGUAUUGCCUGUUCAAUACGAUUGAAUUGCUGUUUUUUUAUCAUUCCUGUAGCUGUAGCUGGUAGUCAAAGAUGAACACGGUACUUUCCAGAGCUAACUCUUUGUUCGCCUUCUCUCUGAGCGUAAUGGCGGCCUUAACGUUCGGCUGUUUCAUCACGACAGCCUUCAAAGACAGAAGAGUUCCUGUGGACAUCCACGUCGCUAAAGUCAUGCUGAAGAACGUUGAUGACUUCACAGGACCCAGAGAGCGCAGUGAUCUGGGCUUCAUCACCUUUGACCUCUCAGCUGAUUUACAGCCAAUUUUUGAUUGGAAUGUUAAACAACUGUUUCUCUAUCUGUCUGCUGAGUACGCGACAAAGAGCAAUGCUCUGAACCAGGUGGUGCUUUGGGAUAAGAUUGUCCUUCGAGGUGAAAACACCAAACUGAACCUCAGAGACAUGAAAUCCAAAUACUUUUUCUUCGAUGAUGGGAACGGACUAAGGGCCAACAAGAACAUCACUCUGACACUGUCAUGGAAUGUCGUUCCCAAUGCUGGAAUCCUGCCUCUGGUGGCUGGAAGUGGACACGUCAGCCUCCCUUUUCCAGAUACAUAUGAGACCACCAAGAGCUACUAGACCAACAGAAACACAGCAUAGUCUGUGCUGAUGAAAUGAGCACAGGCAUACAGUACACUUGUUUCUCUUCACAAAAUUUUUGGUUUGUAAUAAAAGUUGAGUUUUGAACAUA